AGUCCAGAGCGUUCAAAACACAGCUUGCCCUCAAUCCUGCCUGAUUUUUUGCUUCCUGCCUCUUGUUUUUGCGCGUAUUUCGCAACUGAAAAAGAGUUAUUUUGGAUAUUUUGCUGAUUCUUUCCUUGUUUUGUUCGCUCUUUUUUAUAUAAUGCGGCUGCUUUCCCCAUUUUUACGCCUGAAAACGCUUCGUUACGAGAUUGUUUUCUCUAACAGCACCCGACUGUGUUUUGUUGACUGUUGCUCUACGUAAACAUGGUCUGAUUUAAAACCCGUGCAAAUGCACCUGCCGUCGAAAGGAUUCCCUGCUUUUAAAAUCGAAGAGGUGUGUGUGACCUCGGUGCAGCCUAGCCUGUGCUGUGGAGGAGAUGAAGAACCCAGGAGGUGUGGAGAGCUGCCGGCUAGUCACCCUACUGGAGGCGGCGCUGGUGAGAGAGGCUCGCCUCUGGAAGGUACCUGUCUUCAAGAAUGGACGCAUUCAGGGCGCUGACAUCUCUUCAUCCCAACACCAAGAAAUGAUCGUCUGGCUCGGUGAGAUGAGCAGGCUGUUCAAGUUCUGUCCAGAGACCUUUGCACUGGGAGUUUGUGUCCUCAACCGACUGCUGUCCACUGUCAAGGCCCAAACAAAAUACCUGAAAUGCAUUUCCUUUACCUCCUUGGUCCUGGCUGCAAAAAUCAAUGAGGAAGAUGAGGUAAUAGGCUCUGUUACAGACCUGGUUGUGCAGAGCGGAUGCAACUUUUCAACAGCGGAGAUUCUUCGCAUGGAGAGGAUCAUUCUAGACAAGCUGCACUGGGACUUGUACACAGCAACACCAGUCGACUUCAUUCACAUAGUAAGUCAGAAUUUAGCACAGAGCAAACAUGACAUUUUUUUUAAUUUUAUUUUUCUUAACUGGACCUGAACUGGUCAGCAGAGCGUCUCAAAGAAAGCCGGCUGGGCUUUGAAAUGCUUUGUGAAUUCAGGUCCGGGUCUUGCCUAAAGACACAUCAGUACAAAAGCACACAUAAAAACCAUCAUGCUUUUGCAUCAAAUUUGCCUUAAGUUAGUGUUCACAAACCAUCUCAAACACUUGCACCCAAAGGAAAGACUUGGUCCUGAUAGAGAUUGUGCAUUUAUUAAAUUUGACUCAUUGUGCCCAUUUUAUUAAUUCGCUCCAUUCAGUCUUGGUCAGAGUGUGACCUUCAAUUUGUUUUUAAACAAUCCCUGUAGCAAAGCAGGGAAAUAAAAUAUGUGACUCUCUCUAAAACAAAUAAUACAAUUAACGACUCUGCGAGCUAUGUUGGGUACAUUUGGUUUUCCAAUGAAUCAUAACCAAGUUAACAUAUAAAAAUUAAAAAAAACUAUAAUGCUGCCUGAUCUCAGCUCUGAAUAAAUGCCUUAAACAUCCUGCUUAGCAUUUAAAGACAAUUCAAUCGAUGUGGCUUACAAAUUUCAUGGAACAGAUUUAAAAAAAAA